UUGCCAACACUGCUUUGUAGUGUUUAGAGCUUGUCCCCGGCGGCCGAAUAACUUUCUCGGAUUUCCAGUGCUCGCACAGAAACAAUUAAGAUGGCCCUCCAGCAGCAGUCCGUGCGCCUGGUUCUCCGCAAUGUGAACGGCCUGGCCCGUGGCCUGGCUACGCAAGGCAUGGCCGGCAUGGGUGCCAGCUCGGUGCCCACUGAGCAGGUGGUGUGCCAGUCCAAGCCCGUGAUGCAGGCGUCCGCCUCCAUCUCCCUGGCCACCCCCAGCUCCAUCGCUAGCGGCAUCCGCGCCUCCGCGAAGGCCUCCCCCAUGUCGCUGGCCCCCCAGCGCUCCAUGAGCGUGCUGGCUGCCUCCAAGAUGGUGGGCGCUGGCUGCGCUACCAUCGCCCUGGCGGGUGUCGGCGCCGGUCUGGGCGUGAUGUUCGGCUCGCUCAUCAACGGCGCUGCCCGCAACCCCAACAUUGCCAAGCAGCUGGUCGGCUACGCUCUGCUGGGCUUCGCCCUGACCGAGUCCAUUGCGCUGUUCUCGCUGCUGGUGGUGUUCCUGAUUCUGUUCGCUUAGACGCCUGUCGAGUAACUUUGAUAACUCUGUUUGCUGGAUACUGGCGGCGCGAUGACUGUAUGCCGGGAACUGGCGGUGCCUGUUCGCGACGGGACUGUGUCUCUGGGCGAGCGGAGUAAGUGACUUCCAGGUGUAGGGAGGCGCCAUCCGGUAGGAAGGGCUGCAGCACCCGGUAGGAAGGGCCUCCGGCGCUGCAGCGCAUGCACAGCGCGCUGGGUGCGCUCCUGCGCGCCGCCAGGCGGACGCUGCUUAUCAACAUGACUCAAGUGUAGCAGAUGCUUAGCCUGGUGCGGGUGCCGAGGAUAGAUUUAGUUACUAGGUCGCGUUACGUCAUGUGGUUGGUGUUGGCAGAAAUUACAGAGCCCUCCACUUGGAGGGAUUUCGUGGAUGGUCUGUAAAAUUUUACGGGCUUGUCCUCUUCGCCGUCUUCCCAAGCUUUCCGCCUACAAGCAGAAGCGUGCUGCUUCUAGACUCAUUUGCACGGACAUGUGUGCAGACGGCGGUUGAUACGGCAGUACGAUUUCGCCGCUCAAUGGGCCACGCAUGAAACGCCAGCCAACGUCUCUCACACGCAAAUGAAACUGUCUGUAGCGGGCAACCUCUUAUUCAUCGCCCUGAAGUUCCUGCCUUCGUGCCUACCUACCAAUCGCUCAUCAACAGCUCUUCUUAGCUACGCAGCUAUCACACUAAGACCUAAGCAACCGGCGAGUAGGCCUGAGUGACUAUCCCCUCCUCUCAAGCGUCAAGUCUGUCGGCACAAAAUGCUGCCGCGCUCUUGUAAGGCGUCGUGUACUCCUUACUUCUGGAUGGCACACUGUGAAGCUUCCGUACUCACGUAAUACCACACUUGCAUGCCCGCGAAGCACCAGCACGCACCCAUUCCAUGUUGUGUCGAGAUAAUGUUACCGGGUGUCGCCACCAGUUCAAGCCGCAACCCUCACAACAGUUUCAGUCGGGACCCCUAUCCUAUCGAACACUGGGCGACGUGCGCUGCGGCGACCGGGGACGUCACGAUACGUCCCUCCGUGUGCGCGCCCACGCACUCACGUGUACCCUCCCAAAUACCCCUCAUCUGCCUACGUGACCAAAAUUGGGACGCGUAUCUUUAUAUCCUGCAACCAAACAAUACCGCACGAGACACACACGCAGACGUGUACACUGCGGCACAGAACAGACGUACGCGCACCUGCCGCCUGGACGCCUAGAACGCUCAUUGCUGCGCCGUGGGACCAAAGCCGCCGCCACCGCCACCUCCCGGCGCGCUAUGGAAGCCGCCUAACCCGAAUGAAUGCAGUCCCCCGGGCUGGAGCCCUUGCCCCUGGGGCGCGGCGGGUUGGUGGUGAUGGUGCGCCCCCAGGCUACAGCCGUCUGAGCUCGCGUCCAUUCCGUCCAUCAUGCCGCCGCUGUGCUGCCGCCGCGCGGGGCUGGCGCCGAAAUAUCCCGCCUGCCGCUGCCCCUGCUUGCCGCCACCGCCUCCGCCGCCUGCCCCGCUGAAACCCGGCUGCUCGGGCUGCGGCUCGCCGCCUCCCGCGCCGCCUGGCCCUGCGAGUACAACGA